AUGUCUCUAAGCAGGGGAGAUGCCUCCCCAAUUUUUAAAUCAAAAUUACACAAAGAAAUUUGUCCGAAAUAUAAUGCGCAAUUAAUAAAUUUAUUUAGCAUGAUGUGUACAAAUAUAGCAAAUGGAACAAAUACAACAUUGAGAGAUGCUUGUAUUGGAUGUUUUCAAAGUGCAACUACCACAACCUCCCAACCAUCAAUAGCUUCUAUAAUAGCAUGUGCGAAUAUAUAUGCAUCUAAUACGAAUUAUUCGUCGUGUUUUAACAUUUUACCUCCAACCACUGUUGUUUUCACUCCAGGAAUAGAUCCGAGAAUAAAAAGAUCCCCCAUACAAUGCAACACAGAAUAUUGUCAAUUUGCGAGGUGCAUAAGAAGUGUUAAUGCUAACAUAUUGAUUUCAAGAUGUUACAACGAAUCAAGAUUAAUUAAUCCAGCGGUUUCAGCAGUGCAACAAGUUAAUCUUUAUAAGAAUAUUACAGCUUGUAUUUUAGCGAGAGCGAGAUGUUCUUCGGUAAAUCCGAUAACUGGGCAACCACAGAAUGGAAGAUAUCAAACGAUUACGAGUACGGACCACUUCGGGAAGACCACUCAAAGAACGACGACUUAUUACUAUUCUUUACAAAUCUCAUUAUCCGGUGAAUUACGAAUUGUCGCCCUACCAAACGCUGUGGCUUCACAAAAUGGAUUUUGUGCCACUCAGUCUAGUUUACAGGAAGCUAAUUGGAUGACUUUUACUUGCUAAAUUAUUUAUGUAUUAAUGUACAUUUAAAUAUAUUAUUUAAAAUAAAAUAAACUACAUA